GCCUAGACCGGACCAAAUACGAAGCAGAAAACGGAUUUUAUACAUGCCAUGUGCCUCUUAUAAAGAACCUAGGGUUUCUGUUCGUGUGGUUGCGCCUCUGCUUGCAAGAGUGAAAACCUUCUCUUACCCUUCUCUCAAGUUUCAAGAGAUUUCAUCAUGGCUCCAAAGAAGGACAAGGCUCCACCACCUUCCUCCAAGCCCGCCAAAUCUGGCGGUGGCAAGCAGAAGAAGAAGAAGUGGAGCAAGGGAAAGCAAAAGGAGAAGGUGAACAAUAUGGUGCUGUUUGAUCAGGGCACCUAUGACAAGCUCCUUUCUGAAGCUCCCAAAUACAAGCUCAUCACUCCUUCCAUUCUCUCUGAUCGUUUGAGGAUUAAUGGAUCACUUGCAAGGAAGGCUAUAAGAGAAUUGAUGGCAAGAGGUUCAAUCAGGAUGGUGUCUGCCCAUGCAAGUCAGCAAAUUUAUACCAGGGCAACAAACACCUAGGUGGUGAACUGAUCUUAGUUUACGGAGUAUUGGUAGGAAUAGUGAAGUAUUGUUCUUUUGAAGUUUGAGAUGCAUCUCAUAUAGCUUCUAUCAGAUCUAGAUUGUUGCUGAAUCCGAGGCUGAGAUUGUAUUUUUGGUUUCCUUCAAUGUUUUAUCUUUUUGGAUAUUAUGGCAGUUGUCUUAUACUUGUUUUGUUUACUUGAAUGAAUUGUUAAUGUGGCGGAGAUUCUUUUUGAAAGCCAAACUAAUUGGAAUAUAUUCGUGUGGUGUUUUGUUA